CCGACCACCCCACCCCAUGACGCAAGAGCCGACGUCACUCCUCCCCGUCUGGGCGCGGGCGCCAACGCGGAGGGCCAAGACGACACGGCGCCAGCGCCACCCGCUCCACGCAGCCGCCAUGGCGGAAGAAGGCGCCAGCCACAGGCCCCCAUCCUCCUCCGCCGCCGCCGCUGCCGGUGGCUUCCUCUCCGGCUUCUGUGCCGCCGCGCUACGGCGUAAGCCCAUCUCCGCCCACGCGACCCACGCCGCCUCCGGCGAGGGCCUCGUGCGGCAGCUCGGCGUCUUCGAGCUCGUGCUCCUCGGGAUCGGCGCGUCCAUCGGCGCCGGGAUCUUCGUCGUCACCGGAACCGUCGCCCGCGACGCCGGCCCGGGUGUUACAAUCAGUUUUGUUCUUGCUGGAGCUGCAUGUGUGCUCAAUGCGCUUUGCUAUGCUGAGCUUGCAUCUCGAUUUCCUGCUGUGGUUGGGGGAGCAUAUUUGUACACGUAUGCGGCAUUUAAUGAGCUCACAGCGUUCCUGGUUUUCACUCAAUUGAUGCUUGAUUAUCAUAUUGGGGCGGCAAGCAUUGCUCGUAGCUUGGCAAGCUAUUUUGUCCAAUUCCUUGAGCUAAUUCCGCUCUUGAAGGGUCAUAUUCCUACUUGGAUAGGUCAUGGGGAAGAGUUUUUUGGUGGCGUUGUAUCAGUAAAUAUAUUAGCUCCAAUUCUUCUCAUCAUCUUAACUGCAAUUCUCUGCUAUGGAGUCAAAGAAUCAUCAGCUGUAAAUACCUUUAUGACUACAUUGAAGAUAGUCAUUGUUAUAGUUGUCGUAUUUGCUGGUGUGUUUGAAGUGGAUGUAUCAAAUUGGUCACCAUUUAUGCCGAAUGGUUUCAAAGCUGUUGUAACAGGAGCUACAGUGGUCUUUUUUGCAUAUGUUGGAUUUGAUGCAGUUGCUAAUUCAGCUGAGGAGGCCAAAAAACCACAGAGGGAUUUGCCAAUAGGUAUCCUAGGGAGCCUUCUAGCAUGUGUCUUAUUAUAUGUUGCUGUAUGCUUGGUGAUUACUGGAAUGGUGCCGUAUACUUUACUUGGUGAAGAUGCUCCUCUGGCUGAGGCUUUUGCUGCUAAGGGGCUCAAAUUUGUUACUGUAUUGAUCAGCAUCGGAGCUGUUGCUGGUCUUACUACAACACUUCUUGUUGGUUUGUAUGUUCAGUCACGUUUGUAUCUUGGGCUUGGAAGGGAUGGACUUCUACCUUCAGUAUUUGCCAAAGUACACCCAACGCGGCAUACUCCUCUGCACUCUCAGAUCUGGGUUGGUUGUGUUGCAGCAGUUUUGGCUGGUCUCUUUAAUGUGCAUGAGCUCUCUCAUAUUCUCUCAGUUGGCACACUGACAGGUUAUUCGGUUGUAUCAGCUUGUGUAAUCACACUCCGAUGGAAUGACAAGACCACCAGUCGUCACUCCCUUGGGAGUAUGUCAAUCUGGCAGGAGGGUGUUCUAUGCCUGGUCAUAAUUGCUCUUAGCGGUUUCGUAGCAGGACUGUGCUAUCGGUUUAGCUAUGCUACUGCCUUCAUAAUAAUAGCUUUUCUCAUAGCUGUUGUUGCUGGUUUUGCUCUCCAGUUUCGACAGGUCUAUGUGGAUCCACCUGGCUUUUCUUGUCCUGGAGUUCCUAUCGUUCCAAUGGUCUCUGUUUUCUUCAACAUGCUUCUCUUUGCCCAGCUCCAUGAAGAAGCUUGGUAUAGAUUUGUCAUCCUUAGUCUCCUCGCUGUGGGGGUCUAUGCCGGCUAUGGUCAGUACCAUGCAGUUCCUUCAUGUUCUGAUCACCCACACCCGGCCGUUGCUUAUCAUGGAAUUCCUUCUGAGGCUCCCUGAGCUAGUUCUGUAAUUUGCAAGCCUCUGACUUCAUCCCAAAAUCCAUGUAAUACAUCUAGGCAGCCUGGGGCCUUUUUUUAACCCAGUUGGAAUAUUGAACCUAGCCUUGUCACCAUGCACUCCAUAUUUCCACACUGUACACGUUGUAAAUCGCGGUCUUUAGUGAAGAAAUUUUAGCUGGCACCAUAUCAUUAUACUACCAGUUACCAAAGAUUGCCAAAAGAACACACAGUUCCCCUCCUGUAUCUAGAAAGAAGGAACGAAAGGCUUUUGCCAAUUUUUUGUGUGCUGAAAUGAACUUUUUUAUUA